GGUUUUGCUCAGUCCAGCGGUAGCAAGUGGUAGUAGUGGCUCAGUCUGGUUUAAAUAAAAAUAUAACCAGUAAUCAGUCGUUGUUGUGAUACGAGCAAGCGAGGGUGGGUCAUGUGAGCCCGUAAAAGAUCCGCGCACGCGAAAUAGACCAAAUAGACCCCAUUAAACCAUGGUCAUUAAUUUCUUUUUUUUUUUUUUUUUUUAUUUAUUUAUACCUACAACUCUAAGUAAAUAAUACCAAUAAGUAAUAAUAAACAUAUUGAAAUUAUUGAAAAAUGAUAAUAAUGUAUGGGAAAAAUAAUGUGAGUAGAAAAAUUGGGUGGAAUAAAAAUUCUCGUGAUUAUUUGUGUCACCAUGCUUGGCAGCGACUGGUAAUCGACAAAGUCUCUAGUUAAAACUCUAGUCUAGAGAAGGUCAACUAAUAAACAAUCAACACACUGGACAUUUACUCGAUAUACUCGACAAAAUAUAAUAUAGGUCAGGCCAUGGACGAAUUAUAAAUUGUGAAUUAUGAUCACACCUAUCAGCCAAAACAAUUGAAAUUAAAUCUGGCCAAGCUCUCAAGUUUGAGAAUUAUAAAUAAAAUAAAAUAAUAAAUUUUAAAUAUUAUGGGCUGGGUAAUAACAACAUUAGGAGUGGCCUUGGCGCUUGUUGUUAUAGGAGGAGCAGCUUUGGUCUUUUACCGAAGGUAUGGUUUAAAUUGUAAAUGGAGUACACGUAACAUCUGGAGCGUGUGUGAAGAGUGGCGUCAAAGAUUGUCAUGGUUGUGGGCCCCACGAGAAGAAAAAGUAGGACUGGUGAAAGCUCAACACCCAACCGCUCAGACAAUCCCGGGCCUAUAUCGACAGUCUGGUGGCAGUACACAGUCUCAGCAUCUUUUACACAGCGACAGUGACCUGAGAUUAGACGCUCAAGGAGCUUUUACUCGAUUUGAAGCAGUAGAUCGAGACCUUCAUCCUCCACUGGGGGGAGUUGGAUGUAAUACAACAAUGAUUCCACCGCAGCCUCUGAGACCAGCACCCCAACCAAAACCUACUCCCCGGCCUCGACCUUCUCCUCUUCAAACGCACAAUACACCUGAAUAUUUACGGAUGCAAGAUUCUGGAGGAGCUCCUCUAACUCCACCACCAGUACCUUGUCCAGCGGGUGCUCAUCACCGUAACGAUCGCAAUGAUCGAAAUGGAUCUGUAUUUAUUUUUCAAAAUGAAAUUCCGAAAAUUUAUAACCAGUACAACGGAAGUAGACAAACUGCUACCGCUGGUAGCACUAAUAGUCCGCCUUUAUUUAAUUAUAAUUUACACACUAAAUCUGUACCUGAUAGUAUUCAAACGAGUGGUUGUUACUCUAUUAAUAACCAAAAUCAUCAGCCUUUAGGUGAUGAACAUGAAAAAAAAUUAACCUUUGAGUCUCAAUGUGAUAGUGUAAAUAAUAUUAAAGAGAGAAUAAAAGAUAGUUAUCAUCUCUGUAGAAUAAAUCGAGAAACUCCAUACAGAGCUUACGAUCUUAUUGAAGAUACGGCUAAACUUAAAUAUGGAGUUUCAACUUGCCAGCUCAAUGAACAUUCUACUCAAAAGCAAAAACAAAAACAAAAACAAAAACAAAAACAAAAUUCACAGCAACAACAAAUUCGAUAUAAUACACAUGUGAGAAAUGACUCCAGGGGCUCUUUUAAUAGCUUUAAUUUUACCAACUCAAAUUCAUUUAUUGAAUCAAUAUACGGGUCUGAAGCUAUUACAAAGUUGCUGCAAAAUUCUCAAAUAUAUUCAAGCCAAUUGGGAAAAAAUGAAAAAAUCGUUGGGCAAAACAUUGAAAUGACACCCUUGAGAAAUUCAAAUAUUUUUCCGGAUGAAAAUUACGGGAUUGACAUUUACGAAAAUUCAAAAAUUCAAGGACUGCAGAGAGUCUCUCAGUACAUCCAAAGUUUACCAGAUGUACCAAAUUACGACUCGCUGAGUGAUAAAACGACACACGAGGAUCCAAACACCGAAGAUGAAAGAGUAGUGACACCGGGUGAUAAUGAUACACCAAGUCCUGUUCCACCCCCAGCUCCACCAGAUCCUUCAAAUCAUGACUCUUCACUUCAUAACCACCAGCAGUCGAGCAACAGUCCCACUACCGGUGAGAGAAUUUUCAGCGCCCUGAGGUCUGUUACAUCUCAAAGCUACAUUGACGCUUCCGAAUUUUACAACUCAGUGCUUUCAUCAGCUCAGCAAGUUCCGAUGCUAACUUUCCCCGGAAUCAGACGGUCUAGUUUUAAUUUAGAAAAAAAUGAAACGGUAAACGGUAUACAAGAUGAGGUUUCAAAUUUGUACAUUGAUGGUGAGCCACCGGCUAUUGGUAUUGAUUGCUCGAGACGGACAUCCGACCUUUACAGUCCGGAGCUUAAUUUGGAAGCUCAUCGAACCGCGCAAGAGGUUUACAACAGUCUUCAAGAUCCUCCUUCAUCGCCACUUCUUUUGAAAGAUCUAAGUCAAGAACCCUAUCCUUAUAUGUCUGAUCCAAGUUUUACCAGAACAUCUGAGGAUAUAUUUAAUAGUUUGGAACAGAGAAGAAAAAGUAUGGAAAGACUAAAUGGAUUUCAUGAUUAUGUAGAGAUGGAUGGCAUUGAUAAUGUCAGUAUAAAUUUUUUAAGUAGAAGGCGAAGCAGUAGCCAAGACCUUUAUAAUGCUUUAGAAGAGGUUCAGCUACAGAGAAGACUGUCACAACAACUGAUUGAAGACUCGUACGGAUAUUCAAAUUCAAAUUCAAAUUCGUUAAUAGAUGUUGAAGAAAUAAGUUUGAAUGGUAGACGUAAUUCAUCGCAAGGGCCGGAGCCAGAGCCACCACCUGAUGAAACAAAUUUAAAGAGAGCUAUAAGUUGUGAAAGCGUUUGCUCAGAUACAAGUGUUAUACUUGGAGAUAUUGAACAACUAACUGUUGUUGGACUAAUUUGCGUUGGCCUAGAGUAUGAACGGUGGGGAGGACGUGGAGCUGACAUCGAGGGUGAUCUUGUUGUUAGUGUUCUUGAAGCGAGAGAUCUGAUUGCACCUGAUGGACGACCCGCUCAAGACACUCUUGCCAGAGUAUGCCUUCUUCCGGAUAGACAAACACAUGUACAAACCAGACUUUAUAGAGGAUCACCUUCACCAAGUUAUCAGGAAAAAUUUUUAUUUCCCCUUGAUGGAGGUCCAAUAGGAAGGACUUUAUUGGUAGAAAUAUUUUCAGUAGAAACAAAUAUCGGGGGUGGUGGAGUGUUUCUUAUUGGUGAAGCUUCAUUGAAAUUAGGACCAGCAGCUCGACCACCAGCUACAACCUGGCUGCCUCUUGUUUCUCCAGGUCUACCAGUUCCUCGUUUGGGUGAACUUAUGUUUUCAUUAAGCUAUUUACCAACUGCCGAAAGGCUCACUUUAGUUGUUGUAAAAGCCAGAAAUCUUCACACAAAUAAUCCAGUACCAGGAGAUUUAUUUGUUAAAGUGUACCUGCUGCAACAAGGGAAAAAAAUACACAAGAAAAAAACCUCUGCUAAGCGAGGCGAAAAAAGUCCAACUUUCAAUGAGGCCAUGAUUUUUAACGUGCCUGCUCAUACUUUGCAGACAAUUCAAUUGAGACUGACUGUAGCUGAAUUAAAUUCCGAUACUACAACUAAUUCGAAAGCAUACUCCAUAGGUCAUGUUAUAAUAGGUUCUAAUACAACUGGAAAAUCAUUAACACACUGGCGACAAAUGUUAACAGCUCUUCGGCGCCCGGUUGUCAUGUGGCAUCCGCUUAGAAAAUGAUUAUUUUAUUUUUAUUCAAUCAAGAAUGAAAGUAACAAAAUUUACUACCAGGCAAGUAAAUACAAGAAAUUUAUAAUUUAUCACAAGUGUCAUAUAAUAUUAUAUCAUUUAUCUCAAUUUUAUUAUCAAUAUUAUUACCAAUAACCCAUGUAACACUUCUACUGUGACAAAUAUCAAUAAUUUAUCAUCGUUGCAGAUUAUAAUUCAUUAUAUU